GAAAGCCUACAUGUUUCUAUACUACACAACACACUUAACAUCUGAGUACCUCUCACAGAAGAGUUUCUAGCCGAACUAUUUUCUUUAUUCACGCCCUUGACCCCGUGGGUCGCCCAUUGAUACAGUGUACUGCGACCUUCUGUGUUCUCCCUUCACAAAGAACUGUGUUGCCUGAGCGGACGGAUCACUUUCAAACUGUACUUGCAUUGCUAAAAACCUGGCAUCACAACAAGGUACCAUGGUCACCAGGGCGGUGUUCAUUAUCGCAUUUGUAGCAUCUGUGGCGGUUGCGGACCCUGCCCAAUACCUGGAUUGUGGAUCAUCAGCAAAGCUCCAUUCUGUUGAUGUAACUCCCUGUCCCGCCGGUGUGACAUACGCUGUGCUGGUCAGAGGUGAAAAUGCCAGCAUUGCUGUCACGUUUACCACAGAGAAGGUAGCGAACUCUGUCGUCGCUGUGGUUCACGCAAUCGUGGCAGGAGUUCCCCUCCCCUUCCCACUGCCCAACCCUGAUGGCUGUCAGGACUCAGGGCUGGAGUGUCCUCUCAACUCAUCCACACCUUACACAUACACUAACACAGUGCCUGUCCAAUCAGGUUACCCUAAGAUAAAACUGGUUGUGAAGUUGGAGUUAAAGGAUAGGAAGGGAGAUAAUAUCGUCUGCACUGCGUUCCCUGCCGAAAUAUACUAAGUAGAAUAUAAAACAGGGCAACUUCCCUGUCUCCUAUUGGGGAGACUGAUAGCAUGCACCAUUGUCUGAGCUUAAAUAUGAUUCAGCGAUAUGCACCAAUAUGAUGUAUGAUUCUUUAAGCUGUUACAGAAGCUCCUGUUCUGAAACAACAUCAGGAGCUUCUUUACUAAUUUGCAUCAUUUUUUGUCUAACUUUUGUUUCCUUUUCUUGACAUUGCUAUACUGUUCCCAAUCUGCAAAAUAUAAAACUUCACUGAGAACUGUCGCCUAUGGACACUUGUUUAAUGUCUUGGGGUGGUGGGACUUCGGCGCACUGUUAUGUCAUAUGUCUGUAUGUUAACUUGUGUAUUUUGCUGUGUGUAGCGCUUAUAAAAUAAGUUUUGAUAACUCGAGUGCAGCGCCACACGGUCCUUGUUAUUGUUUUGCUAUGUGUUGACAAAUAAAAAAAAGUUCUCCAACUCGUUCGAAUUCUACGCAAGUAAAAAGUCACAUCGGGACCAAUAUGUCCCAAGUGGACCCAACAACGUCAUUA